GAGAGCACUGGAUUAAUGCCAAAAGGGGGCGUUUGUAUCAUGCAGCCGGAGGGGCGGGACCAGAGGUGGGUGUGUGUCUCUCAGCUGAUGCGCGUAUCAACCGACCGACUCCAUCAUCAGCAUCCGACGCUGACAGCGGUCGAAGACAGCAGCAUCCCUAAUAUUACCGACCCACGGUAUCACCGCAGAAUAAUACAGAGCCCGGCCGACCAGGACUGACGCCGCUGUCUUGUGACAAUAGUGUUUAUUGAGGCUGCCAUCUUACAAAACCGCCGAGCUGCAAAAUAGUGAGUAGCCUUUGAUGAUGGACCGCCAGGAUGCUACAAUCGUGUGUGUGCCCCCACUACCUGCAUUAGGUUGUGAUGACCCACACUACUUCCAAAUGUUUCUGUGACCCUCCCCAAUCCUGACUCCUAACCUCUAAUCCCUGACCUUUGACCCCCACUAUGGGCAGUGUUGGCAGUGGGGUGGCAGGAGAGCAGGAGUUUGCCAUGAAGUCUGUGGGCACGAGGACCACCCUGCCUCGGGCCCCUCCUCUCUCUCGCCGUUGCCCUGCCGACCGCAGCUGCAGCGCAGAGCGGCUGCCCCGCCCCCCGGCGACUAUAUCAGACGGGACGGCUUCUAGCGAUGAACGAGGGAGUGUUAGUAUCGGGACUGGGACCUGUACCGGAACUGACCGGCCCACCGAAACAGCCUCCUCCACCAACACUGAAUGUACCAUGACGGCCCCGUCCAACAACAACCAGUUGGAAUGUGGCAACGGAGCAGGCAGGCGGGAGAGGGAAGAGAGGCUGGAGAACGAGAGGUUGGAAAGAGAGAGGGAGAGGGAAAUGCAGGCUGCAGGUUUAGAUGUUUGUGGGAACAUUUUGGGCCGAGGAGCAAAUGAGAAGAACGGCGUUGGCAUGAACCAACACCAUCACAGAGAGAUGGCAGCCACCAGGACUGACAGCGAGAACAAUCCAAUCAGCCAUAACCCUCCAAACCACAACCCGCCCAAGAUCCUGCCAGUGUCGGGGAAACUGGAGCAGGCGAUGCAGAACAACUCAGGCCUCGUUCGUCCCUCUGCCUUCAAGCCGGUGGUUCCCAAGAGCUUCCACUCCAUGCAGAACCUGGUGGGCCAGGCAGGAGGGGCUGGGAGCGAGGGCAAGACUGAGGCAAGGAGUGAUGGGUUCAGUGAGAGCAGAGGAGGCAGGAGAGGAAGGGAUGGAGCAGGAGGAGAAUCAGGAGAGGUCCCUGAGGCUUUACUCCUGGACCAGGACAGCCCAGUGAGGGUCAGCAGAAGUGAGGGUGGGGGAAAUGGUAAUGAAGUGGUUCAGGGAGGGAUGUCUGACUCAGGGAGGAACUCCCUGACCAGCCUGCCUACCUAUACAGGCUCGGGGUCAGGUUGUGGGCCCCCAGCAGUCCUGGGGCCUCUCAGUGCUUCCACCAGCCACAUCAACAGGUUGGGCAUGGUUGGAGCAGCUGCGGGCCUGGACAAGCUGGAAAAGCCUGGCUACCAGAACGGGCUCAGUGCCUCAGACAGUGGCCGGUCCUCCUCAGGAAAGAGCUCCUCGUCCUAUCAGAGGCUGAGCCACCUGAGUGACGCCCCAGCACCUCUACGCCCUUCCCCCUCUUCUGACGACAUCAUCCAGGACCUGGAGGACCGCUUGUGGGAGAAAGAGCAAGAGGUGCAGCAUAUGCGCAGAAACCUGGACCAAAGUGAGGCAGCAAUCAUUCAGGUGUUUGAGGAGAAGCAACGUGUUUGGGAGCGACAGAUGGACGAGCUGAGACAGAACUAUGCCUCGCGCCUGCAGCAGGUUACCCGUCGUGCUCAGCGCUCCCAGACUGCCCUGCAGGCCCAGAUUAGCCGUCUGUCCCAGGACAAGAGGAGGCUCCAGGAGGAGAUGGCGGCUCUGUUGGCCCAGAGAGAGGAGCUGGAGAGAAAGUGUCUGGAUUACAGGAAGGAGCAGGCUGACAUCUUGCCUCGUCUGGAGGAGACCAAGUGGGAGGUGUGUCAGAAAGCAGGAGAGAUCUCCCUGCUGAAGCAGCAGCUGAGGGAGAGUCAGGCUGAAGUGACCCAGCGAGCUGGAGAGAUGGUGGCCCUGAGAGGACAGCUGAAGGAGCUUAAUGCCCAGCUGAGGGAGCGGGAGGAAGCCAUGCUGGGCCUGAAGGACUCCUAUAGCACCAAGAGUCUGGAGCUGGAGAAGUGUGAGGGAGAGCUGAGGAGGACUCUGUCAGAGGUGUCCCUCCUUAGAGAAAAGCUGGGUGUAUUUGAGGCAGAGGUGCUUAGUUUAAAGCGGGCUCUGAGUGAAGCGAGCAGAGGAGCAGAAGUUGUCAUGAGUCCUAACUUAGCUGCUGCAGGGCUGUUGCCACCUUGGGGAGUUGUACACUGUCCACGUAACCCCGGUGAGCCCUCAACUAACUCCCUCACCCCCACAUCUGACACACUGCUGAGUCUUCAGAGUGAUGAAGCCAAAGCCCAAAGGCAGGAAGCUCAGAGACAGGAGAGGCAGCAACGCGAAGAAGCUCAAUGGCGCGACGCACAGCAGCGUCAGGAUGCUCACAUGCAGCAGGACCUCCGAAUACGUCAGGAUGGCCAAAUCCGACCAGAGGCUCAACUCCGCCAGGAGGCCCAGCUUCGCCAGGAGGUUCAUCUGCGCCAUGAAGCCCAAAUCCGUCAAGAGGCCCAAUUACGGCAAGAAGCACAGUUGCGUCAAGAGGUGCAGCUCCGUCAGGAGGCCCAACUGCGCCAGGAGGCCCAGCUCUGCCAUGAGGCCCAAAUGCGUCAAGAGGCCCAGCUACGUCACGAGGCCCAACUGUGCCAGGAGGCGCAACUGCGUCAGGAUGCCCACCAGCGAGCAGGAGUGCAGGAGGGUCACUGGGAUGAAGCAGGGGAGCUGCGCAGGCAACUAGAGCAGCUGCAGGCUGCAUUACGCCUGGAGCGGCAGCAACGGGAACGCCAGGCCCUCAACUUUGACCAGGAGCGACACACCUGGCAGGAUGAGAAGGAACGGGUUUUGAAAUACCAGGCACAGCUGCAGCUCAGCUAUGUGGAAACGCUGCAGAAGAACCAAGCUUUGGAAAAACGUAUGAGCCAGUUGGGAGCCAAACCAAACACAACGUCCACCACUACCACUAUUACCACUACCACCACCACCUCCCCCACCUCGUCCAAUUCUCCACCUCCACCACCAGCCCUCUCACCUCUGUCUCCUCCGCCCCCACCCUCUAUCUCUGGCCCCAUCGCCCUCACCAUCUCCCCACCUUGUGAAGACCAGAAGGGCCCCCCUUCUCUCCACCAGCUUGCCCCUCCCUGGGCAGGACCCUCACGCUUGGAGAGGAUAGAGUCCACUGAGAUAUAGAGACAUCUCCAUGAAACUUAUUGUCCAGUUCAACACACUCAUGGGGACAAGGCCUCUCACACAAAACCACUUCAGCAUACAGUUGAAAAACAUUUCAGUCUACAAUAGAAUAAAUCAGUUCGGUCUGACAUACUUUUCAAAGCAACUAUAGACACUAGCAACUAAGGCAGACUGCAAAAUCCAACAUUAUCAGUAACAAGCAGAUCAUCUGAACAGGAAGUUGAACUAUAUCCAAUCUAUCAGUUAUUUUUCAACCUCCAAACAGUCUUUCACUAGUUGCACACAUCCUACAUAACCAGUGUUCAUGAAAAGUGUGCCAAACUGGUGGCUGGCAGAGAAAGAAAAUGUUAAAUGACAAUGUUUAGAUUACAGCACUAAUACAGGGGUCAUUUCAUUCCCAUGCUAGAAAAGGACCAAGACAAUCAGGGAUAUUGUCAGAAAUUAUCAACAAGAAUAUUAUGCGGUAUUUAUUCAUUGUAAGUCUGUGUCACUGGUAAUGUAAAAGUAGAAUUAGUGGUCAGAGUGUGUGAUGUUAACUUGCAUUUUUGGCCAGAGAGCGCCUUACUCCAUUCUCUCCAGCAAGUAUACAAGAAUAACUAAUGCUGGGAAUAGAUGAAAAAGAAAUCGAGAGUGUGAUUAUCAUUUUUUGUGCUUUAAUUAUAAUAUCAGCAAACCAGUUACACAACAUUAUUACAUAUGGCUGGACUAUUUCAUUUAAAUCUCAGAUAUUGACGUUAAAGAUCACACAGACCGAUUUCUUGAUUCAGUUUUCAAGUCAUUUCAUGCACAGGGUCCAACAGCAUGAGUCAUUUAAACACAUCAUGAAGACCAACAGAGUUUAUAUUUUCUACAAAUUGAAUUAAAUAGAUAUGUUUAGCAGAUAAUCAACCCCAAGUUAAUAUAUAAUAAGUUUAAUACGUGGGCGAACCUGGUUCCCCUUCACUGCGGCUUGUCUGCGGUGACUAAAAGCAAACACUAGAGGUCAUUAGAGAGCUUUCUGAGCGCUCCCAACUCAAAUUUCUUCUCAUUGAGCUGCAAGGAGGAUGUGAAAGUAAGCACACAAUUUGAAUUUCGUUAUUAUGAUAAUUGUGUCAUUCACGUCGUGCAUUUACAGCCAAGAAAUCAGUCAGAAUCCCCAAAGUUUAAAAAAAAAAUAUAUAGAAUGUAUGAUACUAGAAAGAAAUACUUAUAAUAGGUAUAGAUUGUAAAUGUGUGUGAGUGUGUGUGUGGGAGAGCGGGUGUGUGCAUGUGUGUUUACAUAUGAAAAGCUUCAGCUUAUGAGAUUGAGGAUAGAGGGACUAGUGGCAAUACAGCAAGUGAAGAUAUAUUAAGAGCAAAAGGAUUUUUUCGGGGGUGGGGGGCUUUAAGUACAGUAAGAUGUACAUCAAAGCUGGGGGAGUCUGUGUAUCCUAGAAAACUCUACUUUCUUCUGUAUAGACAAAGCAGGGGAGAAGUAAGUUUAAAAAAAAAUCUGAAAAGUGGGAGAGUAUGCCUCUUUAAAGGAAGCAUUCAGGCUAACUGCACUAUGUAGUGUCCUACACACAAGUUAUGAUGUACAGUAGACUCAGAUGUGAAUAUCAUGGCUUUUAUAUGUGUUGUUUAUGCCAGCAUACAAAGAUGUUGCUCAAGAAUAUUAACUUAUCUCUAAGGUAUUACAUAGUAUUAUCAUCUUUAUUACUGUUAUUAUAUUAUGGUGAACUGACAGAGAAAAUAUGUGCCAUUUGAGCUUUCCUUUAUGUGUUUUUUUUAACUGUGUAGAUAGCCUAUUGGCCUACCAUAAUGGUGCAAUCAUAGCAACCCUGUCCAAAAAUGAUGUUCCUUUUGAUGUAGGUGAUAAAUGUAGUUACAGUAUUGCAUUGUUUAGAGAACAAAAUGCUACAGAUUUUAUACAUGUUUCAAAUUUAUUGUUUGCAUUUAUGUUAUUAGUACUGUUCUGGCUUGAUUAAAACCACCCCUUUGUUAAAAUUCAG